AUGGAAGGCUACGAGGACUUCUGUUCCCGGAGCCUCGAAAGGCUUCAGCAGGAGAGGAAACUUAUGUUCACCCAGCAAUCCACCUGCAAGCAGGCGCUGUCCACCUUCAGAUUCAAUGGGAGACAUUUGCUUUUGCCUAUGCUCAGUGAGCAGCAGCGUGUGGAGAUGGCUGAAUUACGGAGAUGUUCGGCUCAGAGAGAAGCAGAGUGGCGGCAGGACAGGUCAAGCUCCCUCCUGGCUCGAGUUCAGCACAUCCUGGACAGAGUACAGAUGCAAAAAGCACAGAAUGCCAAAGAGGUGCCAGCCAGUCUGCCAGUAUAUCCCUCACUCCUUCCAGAUAGCAGACCUGGACACUCUCCUGAUCUGCUUCCCAUCAACAUGGACACUCCCCACAAUGGGCAGGAGAGUGAGCAAGGGAGCUGUUCCAGCAGGUGUAAGAUUAGCAGUAGCAGUAAGGCUCUGAGGAGAGAAACACUAAAGCUUCUCAACAGACGAUUGGCCAAUAUGGACGUGUGUGUCGAAGAUUUGGAAGAGGACAAGGCAUUCCCAAGCAAUGUGCUGGAGUCACACACAACCACAGAUGAGGAGCAUAGACACACCACCCUGGUUAACACACACCUGUCAGGAGAAAACCUCUCGGAUAAGGAGAAUGAGAGUACUGGAGGUCUUAUUGGGGAGUGCUGGAAUCCCAUUACUUCAGCUGACCAUGGCAAACAUUUGGUUCAGCCUGGUUCCCCGGACUGUCUGUUAGGCAGCCUCUCUCUCAGCCUCACCGGAUCUUAUGCCCGCUUGCCUAGCCCCCAGCGCUGUCGCAGCCCACUUGCACGACCCAGCCAAUCACGUGCCAUUCCCCCUGGUAACAUCCUCAUCUCCAGUCCAUUGAGUGAGUUGGAGCUAAGCCCCGAACGUUCCUCACCAUUGUCUGAUAGGUUAAAGCAUGUUAGCAGGGAGAGACCAAAGAAUGUAGGAGGAGCAGAGAUCCAAGAGGAAUCCUCAAUGCUGCCACCUACUGCCAAGGAGUGGAACUGCAGCCAGUCUGAGCUUAACAGCACAAUGCUCACGUCAGUCAGAACAUCUACACCCAGUGGUGCCCACAGUCUCACCUCUAAGUAUUCUCAGGCCCCAAGCAGACAGAUAUCCCCCACCCAGUCAGAUGGGUGUCCUCAAAGUAGCCCAGCCUCACAUGCUCCAAGCACCCGCUCCCCUCCCGCUCCACUGAACAAGUCCUAUGAUGUGGAGAGCCCAUCCCCAACACUGCUAAGGCCCCAUAUAUAUACAGAACCAUGGCCUGGACAAGUCAAACGGAGACUGGACCUGGGAGAGACACAGGGGUCUGACAAGGACAGACUGACCCUGGAGGAACUGAGCUGUUCUGACCAGGUUCACAAUACUUCAGCCGAGGUCCAGCGUCAGAUUCAAGCUUUAGAGGAGAUGAGACAGUGCUUGGACAGAGAACAUGCUCACCAGCUCAGUCAACUCCUUACUGAACAAGAGAAAGAACAACAGCGCCUCCAUCAGGAGCUCCGGAGCAGAAUGAGCAUGUGUAAAGGACAGGGCAAUUCAGUGUCCUCCCCUCUGAAGCCCAAUGGAAGAUCCCCCACACACAUGACACCUGGUGUCCCCUCUGCUCGUCCUGUGCUCAUACCCACUGUACAGUCAAAUAAAACCCAGUCAAGUAAAGCUUGCAUUCGGCACUAUCAGGUGUUGUCCGUACGGCAGCAGCUGGCUCUGUGUCGCCUCAGCGCCAUUGCCCGCGGCUACCUCACACGUCGACUGCUUAACACUGAGAAAGUCAAACACCUACGCAAAACCGUCCAGGACACUAAGGAGUUCUUGCGCUCCUUGCAGAGAGAUUCUGUACAGAAGAGUGGCUCCAUGUCGUGUCAGGACGCGACCCUACAGCACAGAGUGGCAGCACAGGUAGCACAGGAAUCACACAGGGCAGGACACCACGUAACCACGCGUACACCAUGA